UGUUUAUUAGGAUUUUUUUGGCACCGCGUUCGAAGAUGCAACCUUUACCAUUCCUUGGCCCCUGUUUCGACCCAUCCUCUCGCCAUUCCUCUGAUUUCUCGCUCCGAUCGAUCGAGCUCGAUCGGCGUCUACAAUUUUAGACGUUCUCCAGCUUCGAUUUCUUGGAAGCAUGUGGAAAUUUUUUAUCCUUUCGUCCUGAUUUCGGGUUCGGGUCGCUGUUCAUCGGUCUCGUUUCCUCUGGUUUCUUCUCUGCGAUCCGACCAAACAAUCCUAUUUUUCUUCGUUGAUUUCCUUUUUCACUGAUCUGUGGAAUUUUCUGGCGUUGAUUCGUACUUCUUUGAUGUUCGCUUAUUGACAAGUUUGAUUUCUCGGUGGUGGAUCGGAUAUCUUUCGAGAAUUUCUCAAUGGCUCGAGAAAGCUGUAAUCUUGACAAAGAUGAGGCGGAGAUCUUUAAGGCCUCCUCCUCCUCUUCCCCUUCUGCUUCGCCACCCUCUCCUCCAUCAUCAUCAUCACCACCACCACCCCCAUCUUCCACCGGUCUCCUGAAAUCGUGCGAGGAAUCCACUACUGAGAGGCGCGAGAGGCCGGAGAUCCCGGCUCCUGCGAUGACAUUCACGGCUUCUUCGUCCUCGAAGCUUGACGAGGAGUCGGAGUCGUCGAAGCCAGACGAGGAGUCACAUACUCCUGUAAGAUUCAGUAAAAGGUGUUCCACUUGCCGCAAAAAGGUCGGUCUCACCGGGUUCCGGUGCCGGUGCGGCCACCUCUUCUGCGGUCGCCACCGCUACUCCGAUGCCCAUGAAUGCUCCUUCGAUUACAAGGCCGCGGGGAGGGAGGAAAUCGCCAAGGCCAACCCUUUAAUCAGAGCUGCCAAGAUCAUCAAGAUCUGAGGUUAGGUGAUCAUAAAGUGUGUGUGGAAGGCCAACCUGGAAACUACUUCAAGUGGGCUCAAGCUACCCUGAUGACGUGAAACAAAAGCUUUUGGAAGCAUGCUUCUCUAUGUGGCAGUCUCAAGAAAUUGCUGCACUUGCUGUCCUUUCUCCUGUCAAAAAACAGUCUAAUUUGGAGGCUAUUAAGUCGUGAUCUCAAAAGCUCAGGGCUAGCAAGACCAGAUCAUAGUCUUUCAUCUCCUCUCCCAAGAUGGGUUUGGAAUUAUAUUUCUGCUGAUGAAUUAAGCAAAUGAACUUUGGUCUAACUUUCAUUUACUUUGACCAUCAGUUGUUCUACCAUUCUCAACUUUUAUCUGGUGUCUAUUGGACUAUACACUGUUGCUUGCCUCCUGUA